AUGCUUCCCGUCUGGCUUUCCGGGCCACCUUCUCCGCCCGUCACGAUCGCGCAUGACUUCAACAUGUGGCGGGACUACUUGAACCUGUCAAAGGUUCUUGGCGAAAUCAUUGAGGAGCACAGAAGGGGGUCCAGGAGCCUCCUAACCUGUGAGACGGCAGAUCCCUGCCUGCCAGGGACCUCCCUUCAAAUGUCUCCGGGGGACGCCUCGAGCCCGAAGUCAUCGGGGUGGAACAGGAGCAACGGCAGCAGCUGUCCUCAAAGUGGGCAGAACGGGGCGGCCACCCCUCAGACGCCCGGCAGAUUCAUAUGCAACUUCUGCAGGCACAAUGGGGAAUCCAAGAGGGUCUACUCCUCCCACUUGCUGAAGCAAGCGGAUGGAACCGUGCUGUGUCCCAUCCUGCGCAACUACGUCUGCCCGGUGUGCGGUGCCACGGGCGACGGUGCCCACACGCUGAAAUACUGCCCACGCAAUCAAGAGAAGCAGUCCCUCUACUGCAAAGGCGGGCGCAACUCGGCUGGCUUCGUAGUGAGACGGUGA